GCGCCUUGCUCCCUCCCCUCCUCCACACCACUCCCUCCUCCGCCGCCUCCCCUCGCUUCCACCCCCUCGACCCCCACAGCCAAACCCUAGCUCUCCGCCCCGCCAUGUCCGUCGCGGCCGCGGCCGCCUCCCUCGUCGCCUCCUCUUCGCUCUCCGUUCCCGACCACCUCCGCCUCCGCCGCCCCCCGCCACCGCUCCGCUUCCGCCGCCGAUCAAAGGACCGCCUCGUUCUUGCUGUUCUCGAGGAGAAAUCCUCCUCUGCGCUUACUGAGGAGGAAGCAAGGAAGUUCGGGCUCAACGGGAGCGCGAGCAGGCUCGGGUACGACGAUGCCGCGGUGGAGGCGUACCUCGGGUCCAACGGCAACGGAAACAGCAACAGCAACAGGAGUGCGAGUAGGAGUGGGAACGGCGCGAGCGUGAAGCCCGUGCCAUCCGGGUCUGGCACUUCUGUGGUAUCCGGCCGUGGGCCGGGUGAGGAUGAGAGGAGGAGGAAGGAGAGAGUGGAGGAGAUAGGCAGGGAGGACGCAUGGUUUAAGCGAAGCGACGGAGAGGCCAUGCCCAAGGUGUCUGUUGUUCCUGGUGGUCGUUGGAAUCGGUUUAAAACCUAUUCAACGAUUCAAAGAACCUUGGAGAUAUGGGGCUCUGUCUUCGCAUUUAUAUUCAAGGUUUGGCUCAACAACCAGAAGUUCACUUAUCGAGGGGGGAUGACGGAAGAGAAAAGGGUAAUGAGGAGGAAAGUUCUUGCCAAGUGGCUCAAGGAGAGUAUUUUGAGAUUAGGCCCCACAUUUAUUAAAAUAGGACAGCAAUUCUCCACCAGGGUGGAUAUUCUUCCAAAAGAAUAUGUGGAUCAAUUAUCUGAAUUGCAGGAUCAGGUCCCUCCAUUCCCUUCAGAGACAGCUGUGUCAACUAUUGAAGAAGAGCUGGGAGCAUCUGUAAAUGAGAUAUUUGAACGAUUUGACGUUGAACCAUUAGCUGCUGCUAGCCUCGGCCAGGUUCAUCGGGCAUGCCUAAAUGGCCAAGAAGUUGUACUCAAGGUGCAAAGGCCUGGUCUGAAAGAGCUGUUUGAUAUUGAUCUGAAGAAUUUAAGGGUAAUAGCAGAAUACCUUCAGAAAGUGGAUCCCAAGUCAGAUGGUGCCAAGAGAGACUGGGUUGCUAUUUAUGAUGAAUGUGCAAAUGUAUUAUAUCAGGAAAUAGACUAUACCAAAGAAGCAUUUAAUGCUGAAAAGUUUGCUGAAAACUUCAAAAAUAUGGACUAUGUGAAGGUUCCAGAAAUUUACUGGGAGUAUACUACACCUCAGGUUCUAACAAUGGAGUAUGUCCCAGGAAUCAAAAUAAAUAGGAUACAGCAGAUAGAUAAGUUAGGGCUUGAUCGGAAAAGGUUAGGCCGGUAUGCUGUUGAGUCCUACCUUGAGCAGAUUUUAUCGCAUGGAUUUUUCCACGCCGACCCGCAUCCAGGGAACAUUGCUGUUGAUGAUGCCAAUGGUGGGAGGCUUAUCUUCUACGACUUUGGGAUGAUGGGAAGGUUGCUUAUGAUCAUUUUGUUUCCUCCAAAGUCCAUUUAUGUAAUUAGUCUAAUCUUCAUUCUUUUUACUUGCAGUAUUAGCCCGAAUAUCCGCGAAGGACUGCUUGAAGUAUUUUAUGGAGUUUAUGAAAAAGAUCCUGAUAAAGUGCUUCAAGCAAUGGUUCAAAUGGGUGUCCUUGUUCCUACUGGAGAUAUGACAGCCGUCAGAAGAACAGCUCAAUUUUUCCUGGAUAGCUUUGAAGAGCGUCUAGCUGCACAAAGGAAAGAGAGAGAGAUGGCAACCGUGGAACCUGGAUUUAAAAAACAAUUAUCUAAGGAGGAAAAGUUUGAAAAGAAGAAGCAGAGACUUGCAGCUAUCGGAGAGGAUCUUUUGGCAAUUGCUGCUGAUCAACCAUUUCGGUUUCCUGCCACCUUUACAUUUGUGGUCAGAGCAUUCUCAGUACUGGAUGGUAUUGGGAAAGGUUUAGAUCCUAGAUUUGAUAUUACAGAGAUUGCUAAGCCUUAUGCCAUGGAGUUGCUCAGAUUUAAUGAAGCUGGUGUUGAAGUACUUGUUAAGGAUGCAAGGAAGCGGUGGGACAGGCAGUCUCGUGCAUUCUACAAUGUGUUCCGUCAACCUGACAGAGUCGAAAAACUUGCACAGAUCAUUGAGCGUUUGGAGCAAGGUGAUCUCAAGCUUCGUGUCAGAGCAUUAGAAUCGGAAAGAUCGUUUCAAAGAGUUGCUGCUGUACAGAAAACAAUUGGAUAUGGAGUGGCUGCGGGCAGUUUGGUAAACCUCGCUACCAUUCUGCACCUCAAUUCUAUCCGGAUGCCAGCAACCAUCGGAUACUGUCUUUGUGCGUUCUUUGGACUACAAAUCCUGCUUGGCGUUCUCAAGGUGAAGAAGCUGGACCAACAAGAGAGAUUGAUAACCGGCACUGCCUGAGUUCACCAUCGACCAGUGAGAGCUGACCCAAAAGAUUUCAGUGUAAUACGUUGCGGUUAUCAUCCGCUUUUUCUUUUCCUUUUGCCUGUGUGCAGUUUUACCUCAGAGGUGGUGUAGCAUAGCCAUCGGCGUACGAGUAUGAAAUCUUUGUACAUGCGGUGUAAUAGAUGAAGAGAUGUACAUACUGUACAAUUGCAGGGUAAAUAUAAGCAGUAUAGCACAGCUCGUGCAACCUGUUUCA